UCAGACCACAGUCUCCACUCUCCACUGCUCUCACUCUCACUCCACUCUUUAAUCUUCAUUAGUUUCCCUUUGUCUCUUUCAUUUUCCAUUUCGCUUUCUUUUUUAACGUGCAUUUCCUUAUUCUCCUCGGAGCUUUGAGGAAAUGGCGUGCGCCACCGACGGCCGGAUAUCAUUCUCGGCGGCAGGCCACUUAUAUGGCGGUGCUGGAUUGGUGGGGAGGAAUGGGAAGCUGGUGAAGUCCUGUAAUGGAGAAUUGAUGGGGAAGAAGCUCAACUGGCCUCAACCUCAUCAGGCUCCUAAAACUAAGCUGGUUAAGCAUUACGUUUCCAUGUCUCUCACCACUAAUAUCGGAAUUGAGUCCAAGCUAAGGGACUUAGAAAUGGAGAAGCGGGACCCUCGGACAGUUGUGGCCGUUAUACUGGGUGGAGGAGCUGGCACCCGUCUCUUUCCUCUCACCAAACAAAGAGCCAAACCCGCUGUACCCAUUGGAGGUGCAUACAGGCUGAUCGAUGUGCCAAUGAGCAACUGUAUAAACAGUGGGAUCAACAAAAUAUACAUUCUCACCCAAUUCAACUCUGCAUCGCUUAACAGGCAUCUCGCACGUACUUACAACUUUGGGAAUGGAGUAAACUUCGGAGAUGGGUUUGUUGAGAUGCUAGCAGCGACCCAGACUCCAGGAGAGGCAGGUAAAAGGUGGUUUCAGGGAACUGCAGAUGCUGUUCGGCAGUUCCACUGGCUCUUUGAGGAUGCCAGAAGUAAGGAUAUUGAAGAUGUGCUCGUUCUUUCUGGAGAUCAUCUAUACCGAAUGGAUUAUAUGGACUUUGUGCAGAGCCGUCGGCAGAGUGGUGCUGAUAUUACUAUUUCUUGUCUCCCUAUGGAUGACAGUCGUGCCUCAGAUUUUGGUUUAAUGAAAAUAGACAACAAGGGAAGAGUCCUUUCAUUCAGUGAAAAGCCUAAGGGAGAAGAUUUGCAGGCAAUGGCAGUAGAUACAACAGUUUUGGGGCUUUCACGAGAAGAAGCAGAAAAGAAACCAUACAUUGCUUCCAUGGGAGUUUAUGUCUUCAAGAAGGAGAUACUCUUAAAUCUCUUGAGAUGGCGUUUUCCUACUGCAAAUGAUUUUGGAUCUGAAAUAAUCCCAGCCUCAGCAAGAGAGUUCUUCAUCAAGGCAUACCUAUUUAAUGAUUAUUGGGAGGAUAUUGGAACAAUUAGAUCCUUUUUUGGAGCAAACCUUGCCCUUACUGCACAUCCACCAAACUUUAGUUUUUAUGAUGCAACAAAGCCAAUUUAUACAUCAAGAAGAAACCUGCCACCAUCAAAAAUUGAUAACAGCAAGAUUAUUGAUUCAAUUGUAUCACACGGAAGUUUCUUGGAUAACUGCUUCAUUGAGCACAGUGUUGUUGGUAUACGGUCAAGAAUAAGCAGCAAUGUGCAGUUAAAGGAUACAGUAAUGCUUGGUGCUGAUUAUUAUGAAACUGAUGCUGAAAUAGCAUCACUUUUGGCUGAGGGAAGGGUUCCAAUUGGCAUAGGAGAAAAUACAAAAAUCAGAGAGUGUAUCAUUGACAAGAAUGCAAGAAUCGGAAAGAAUGUUGUCAUCUCUAACUCAGAGGGAAUACAAGAGGCAGACAGAUCUUCAGAUGGAUUCUACAUACGCUCUGGAGUUACUGUCAUAUCAAAGAAUUCAACAAUCAAAGAUGGAUUUGUAAUAUGAUAAUUUUCCCUUUGUCCAUUUUUGUUCAAUUAAAAUGAGGGUUAGCAAACUAUUUUUGGAAUAAGAGCCAUUAUUUAACCUCAA